UUUUUUUUUUAAAAAAAACUCUCCUAAAAAUUCCCAAUAAAUUACUUGUUCUCUACAAGUUUAGAACUCGGCCAAAGGCAUACUUCUUCCUUCGUCUUCCUCCAAAAUAAAAGAGUUUAAGAUCAUCGUUACAAUUUUGCAGCUAAAUAAUUAGGGCAUAUUCAAACUUUUUCAGAAAAAUCGAGCUCAUUCACACGCUAGCAGUUGGUUGAAGUUUUGAUUAAGUAUAUAGUUGUGCAAUGGAUCCUUCUAUCAUGAAGCUACUUGAAGAGGAUGAGGACGAAUCGAUGCAUUCUGGAGCAGAUGUUGAGGCAUUUACUGCUGCUCUAAAUAGAGAUAUAGAAGGUGACUCAUCCAGUUCUCGGCCUGUUCAUCCAGAUAUUUCAUUUUCUCAAGAGAACAAUCAAACUUCAAGUCAGAUUUAUACGCAAUGGCAGCCUUCUAGCCAAGAUGAAAACAGCGGCAGCCAAUCCCAGCAGCAAGGUUUAAGGAGUCAAGAGCAACAGUCAUCUGACGUGGAGAUGAAGGAACAUGAAUCUAAUAUGGAGAUUCAGCAAGAAGUCAAUGAAACUCAGGCACCUAGUGCUUCUCAGUCGCAAUUACAUAGGCCUGUGCAAGUUGAUGGUCAGGAACACCCUGUGGAACCUAAAUCUGGAGAAUAUUCUCAGCCAUCAACACCAAUGCAACCACAAGUAUCUGGGUCAAGUCACACUCAGGCUCAUGAAACAAGCAGAAUGCUGAAUUCAAGUAGUGAACCUCAAUUCUCAAAUAUGCAGAGAUUUAGUAAUCAGCCAGUUUCAGGACCAGAGCAGGCUGGCACCUCAUCUAAUCGGUCAAAGCAAAUCCCUUUCGGCAGUUUGCUUCCAAUCAUUUUACCUGAAUUAGACAAGGACCGGGCCAUGCAACUCCAAACUCUGUACGGAAAAUUACGGAGAAAUGAGAUACCCAAGGACACAUUUGUCAGGCUUAUGAGAGGCAUUGUGGGGGACCAAAUGCUGAGGUUGGCUGUAGUAAAGAUGCAGGCAAAGUCUCAGAAUCCCGGUCAGCAGCCACACUUGAGACCUCCUACUGGUACUGCCGCUCAGUUCUCUGAUCCUUAUUCAUUUGGACAGCUACAUCAGAAGAGCCAUAGCACUCCUACUGUGACACGAACUCCUGCUCCAGUUUUGCAACCAGUUAAAGAUUCGGGACAUCAAAUGGCUGACAGCAAUUCGCUCAAAUCAAGAGAGAUGGAAAAGUUGUCAGAUUCUCACGGAGUGCAAGCAAAUCAAACAUCUGACCGCUCAGCAAUUUCAAUACAGGGCCUUUCAAAGCAGCAACAACAGCAUUUGCACUUUCCACAGGGUUCCUUUCCCAUGUAUGGAGCCAGCAGCUAUCUUCCCUUCUCUAACACAAAUGUCAGUACACCCCCAACAUUAACUAAACCUCAAUCUCAUGACCCCCAAGUAAGGCAAGGUCAGCUUCAUCAAGGAUUUGGUGCUGCUUAUGGGGAUGGUACCAGCCAGGCCAUGAAUGUGAUGACUACUCCUAAAGUUGAGAGGCAGAACUCUUUUAAUGAUCCCAAAAAAGUUCCUGGUGUAACCAUGGCCAACAUGCCCACUCCUGUAACGCAACAUACUUCCGUGCCAUGGCAGGUAAGUAAAGAGCAGAAAAUUGGAACUUCUCCAAACAUUAGCUAUGUGAAACAGGAGCCCUCUGAGCAGGCUCUCGAGAGACAACCAAAGCCCCAAGUUUCUUCAUCCCAGGGGACUACUUUUUCAGGCUCUGUAUUAGUUGAUCAAGGAGAAUCACUUCCAGUGGCCUCAAAUGAUGAAUUGUCAGAGAGACAUAAUCCUGGAAUCGCCUUUCAAUCUUCAUCGAGGAUUGCAACUAUGCCAACAGGUUCUGUUCCAUCCCGCAUGGAUACUGACUUCCAGGUAGGGUCUCAGACUAUUGCUGCUAGCCCAUUGGGCGGGAUUGGUAGCAAUUCCAAGGUAUCAACUAAAAAGCCAUCUAGUGGUCAGAAGAAGCCACUUGACGCACUUGAUUCUUCGCCACCUCUACCCAGUAAGAAGCAGAAAGCUUCUGGGGCAUUCUCUGAUCAAAGCAUUGAACAUCUUAAUGACGUCGCUGCUGUUAGUGGAAUUAAUAUGAGGGAAGAGGAGGAACAGUUAUUUUCUGUUCCCAAGGAUGAUAGUAGAGUAUCAGAGGCUUCUCGUAAGGCUGUUCAAGAAGAAGAAGAUAGACUAAUUCUGCAAAAGGCUCCUCUCCAGAAGAAGUUAGCAGAAAUAAUGACAAAAUGUGGGUUAAAGAACUUGAGCAAUGAUGUGGAGCGGUGCCUCUCACUAUGUGUAGAGGAAAGACUACGUGCCUUGAUAAGCAAUUUGAUUAGAGUGUCAAAACAGCGGGCUGACUCUGAGAAGUCAAGGCACGCUAUUGUCGUCACUUCUGACGUCCGAGAACAAAUUUUAGAGAUUAACCGGAAAGCCAGAGAAGAAUGGGAGAAGAAACAAGCUGAAGAUGAGAAGCUCCGGAAACAAAAUGAACCAGAUAGCAGUGCUAUAGUUGAUGCUGACAAGGAAAAAGAUGAUGGGCGUGCAAAGUCACUGAAGAUGCCAGUGAAUAAAGAGGAGGAUGACAAAUUGCGCACUACAGCAGCAAAUGUUGCUGCCAGAGCUGCUGUUGGAGGUGAUGACAUGCUGUCUAAAUGGCAGCUUAUGGCACAGCAGGCUCGCCAAAAGCGUGAUGGUGGACCUGAAAUUCCAACUAGUUCCCAGGCGGGUAAAGAUGCAACUAAUAAGCAAUUCACAACCUCUGUUGGGAAUGUUAGGGAAACUAGAGGAACGGGAAAAAGGGAUACGGCAUCUGCUCUCUCUGCAUCAGGAGUGGGAAAACAAGGUGGUAGAAGCCAAGUUGCUGUGCCACCUCCUAGAGUAACUCCGCGUAUCUCUGUCAAGGAUGUGAUUUCUGUGCUGGAAAAAGAACCCCAAAUGGCAAAGUCCACUAUAAUUUAUAGACUCUACGAUAAAAUGCAUGGUGAUCCUGCAGCUGAGUGAAAGGCCAGGGAUAUAGACUUAAUGGUAACUUCUGAUGGAGCUUCAACGGUUCAACCAUGCUGAUCUGUUUGCUGUACAGUACCUAUGCAGUUUUGUCCUAGCCUCUUUAGGGCCCUUAACUUUUACAUUUUUGGUUUAUUGGCGAUCAAAUGAACAGUCAUAGAUAGUUUGUAGUUAUGUUUACUGCUUUGCUUUGCUUUUCUUUUAUACUUCGUAUUUGUUUUCUUGGAUAGGCCCUCUGAGGUUUUAUGAAUCAGAAGUGUCUCCUGCCCUUUGUAAACGUAAUAGUAAGGGAUAUAUUGUAGCAGCAAGGCUUAAUAUUUACCUGUGCUCCUGGGUUCUAGCCGGCGACCUUGGGCUGCCUUUGUAGCUUUAUAAAGUUAGCUUUGUAAGAUGAGGAUCUUGCAACAUUAAUCCAUGUUACUAAAAUAUAAUCAAAUAAAUCAUGUUUAUAUAGCUAUCUAAUAUUCCAA